AUGUCAACUCUUCAAGGCAAACGUAGAAUUAGAACAGUUAACAUAAAACUUUUAAACAAAUUAUUCGAAAAAUCUUUAGAAAUUAUUAACAACACUGACGAUGAAAACCAGUUUAGUAACCUUAGUGACUUAAAAGACACUUUAAACGAAAAAUACAAUAAAGUCAUCCAAUUGGAUGAAGAGAUAACCUUACUGAUUGAGGAUGAGGACGAGUUAGAAAAUGAAUUAGAAUCUUCUACAGAAUUUAAUCUAGUAUUCAAAAGUGAAAUUUCUAAAAUUAAUAAAGAGUUGAAGAAAUUCGACAUUAAAACUGACUGCAAUAGUACAUUUAGUAACUUUAAAAACAAGAGAGUAAAAUUACCAGUUUUAAAAUUAGAUAAUUUUGACGGAGAACCUGAAAAGUGGACAUCUUUUAUAGAAAAUUUUGAAUGUGCUAUAGAUAUGAACAAUGAUCUGUCAGGAAUUCAAAAAAAUGACUUAUCUUCCAAACUUGCUAAAAGAAACCCUCGUCAAUUUAAUUACAGUAAGAAAGCUAAAGAAAAUUCAUACUUUGAUAGAAAUAAUCCAACCAAUAUACCACAAUUUAUCAAAUGCCUUUUUUGUGACAGAUCACAUAAAUCACAAUACUGCAAAUUCAUAACAGACAUUCAAAAUAGAAAACGAAUAAUUAGUGAAAAACAUCUGUGUUUUAAAUGUUUAGGAAGUGGUCAUACAUCAAAGAAUUGUACAUCUAAUAUCAAAUGUUUUAAAUGUGGUAAUCAGCAUCAUAUAGCACUUUGUCUAGAAAAACAGAAUAGUGAAUUACAAAAAGGUGAACUAACAGCCAUUUCAAGUAACAAUAAUCAGUCCAUUUUACUCCAAACUGCUUCCACUGAUGUAUUUGACAUAAAUAACAGAUUACAUAAUUGCAGAAUACUUUUUGACAACUGUUCACAGCUUAGCUACAUAUCACCUGAUUUGUGUCGCAAAUUAAAACUUGAAUGUGUAGGAAAAAAGAAUAUUAACAUUAAAACAUUAGGAAAUAAAAGCAGUAGAGAAAAUCUAGAAAAAGUUGAGUUAAAAAUUAAAUGCUUAUUUGGAAAAAUUAUAAAAAUUAACUGUUAUGUAAAAGAUAUUUAUGCACCUCUCAAUGGACAAUAUAUAAAUCUUGCUAAAAAGAAGUAUAGACACUUAAAUAAUUUAAGACUUGCAGAUAGUAACUUUCAAAACGGGAACUUAGGGAUUGAUGUUUUGAUUGGGGCAGAUUAUUACUGGCUCUUUAUUGAAAAUUCUAUUAUUAGGGGAAAUUAUUUUGAUCCAAUUGCCAUUAAAUCUAAGCUAGGUUAUUUAUUAAGUGGUCCUAUUAAUGUUAAUAAUAUGUUUAAGAAUAAAAAUUAUAAUUGUUGUGUAAAUACAGCUCAUGUCAUGUUUGUUGAAUCAAAUUCAUCUCCCAAAUCAUUAAUUAAAGAAUCCAUGACAUCUGUAUGGGGUGUUAGAGAGAUGAAUGAGUGUAACUAUGAGGUCAUUGAUAGAUUUCGUCACACCAUUAAAUAUGAUAAUACCCUCAAACGCUAUAAUGUUAACUUGCCCUUUAAAGAAGAUCAUCCUCCACUUAGUGAUAACUUCGAUUUAUGUAUCAAGCGUUUUAAAGGUCUUCAAAAGAAAUUGAGUAAAGAUGAUUCUUUACUUAAAUUAUACAAUGACAUUUUUAAAGAACAAUUACAGAACAGCAUUAUUGAACAAGUUAUUGAUAAAGACAAAUUUGAAAAAGUACACUACCUACCGCACCAACCAGUUCUGAGAAAUGAAAAAGUUACUUCUAAAGUCAGAAUUGUCUUUGAUGCAAGCAGUUCUGUUGAUGGCCCUUCAUUGAAUGACUGUCUCUACCCUGGACCAUCUUUAACCACAUCUUUAUAUGGAAUCCUCUUGCGUCUUCGUGCCCAAAAAAUUGCCUUUGUUGCAGACAUUGAAAAAGCCUUUUUGCAGAUUACAUUAUCUCCUGAAGAUCGCGAUUACGUCCGAUUUUUGUGGUUCGAGAACAUUAACGCACUUAAUAAAGACAACAUAUUUACUCAAAAAAUUAUUCCAUAUAGAAUUUGCAGAGUUCUGUUUGGCGUUACAUCUUCUCCCUUUCUUCUUUCUGCUACACUCAUUACUCACGCUGAAAAGUAUCUCUCUGAUGAUCCUAUAUUUGUAAAUAAAUUAAUGAAUUCCUUACAUGUUGAUGAUCUGAACUCAGGAGCUGACUCAAUUGACUCAGCCAUUAAUUUUUAUCAAAAAUGUCAAGAUCGAUUAAAAGAAGCUGGCUUUACUCUUAGAAAAUUUGAAUCGAACUGCAAACAACUUGAAAACCUAGUUAAUGAACAAAAUUUUACCUCCUUUAAUCUUACUAAAGUAUUAGGCUUAUUAUGGAAUAAAAAAGAAGACAACUUAAUCUUUGAUUUUAGAAAUUUGAUACACAAUGAGGACUCGAUUCCAACAAAACGUAAAGUUCUUCAGUUUAUUGCAAGCAUUUAUGAUCCACUUGGUAUAUUGAAAUACUUGGUAUAG